UGCUAGGACUGAGCAGGAAGAAGAAACAGCAGCCAUGUGAACCGGGCUAACAAGGGUUAGCAGAUAAAAUCCAAAGUUUCACUUUCAAGCUGCAGAUUUUUAAAGCUGCGGAAUGGAUGACGAAUACACGGCUGAGUACACGGUGCCCUGUGCUCAGUGUUCAGCGGUGGACUGGGGGAUUUCAGAUGAGGGUCGCUUCUACUGCAGGGCCUGCCACAAUGUGAUUGAGAGGACCAGGGAGGUGGUGGACAUGUCCUUCUUGCGGGUGUCCAGCAGGGUGUCAAGCAUCAGAGGACUCCGAACCAAGAAGUCCGAGCGCGGUCAUGUGUGGAUGAUCUGCGAGGGGUUCCAGUUCAUCCUGAAGAACCAGGCCGACGCUCUCCUCAGGCUAGGAGUCCGUCCUCACUUUAAGGAUGACGUGCUGAGUCUGCUGUGGAGGCGUUACCUGCAAAGGAGCCGCCAGGCGUACACCCAUGACCCCGUGAUGAGCUACAGGCUCAGAGUGGGAGCCGUGGACUCAGACUCAGAGGGUGCCGUCGAGUCGUUCACAGAUGGCGAGUCAAACCCGCCGAGCACCGCCAACUCAAACGCAGAGAGCUCCGGGGAUUUAUCAGGCUCCUCAGAAGCCUCCACCUAUCUGUCGGCCAGGAAGAGGCGGAGCCAGAGUCUGCUGAACAUGAAGAAGAUGCUGGCUCUGAUCUACCUGGCUCUGGUGUGGAGCCGUGAGGCGCUGACACUCAGCGACCUGCUCAGGCUGGUGAACGAGGGUCACGUCCCGUACGUGAAUGCCCAUGAACAGCUUCCUGAAGAGAUAAAGGUCUCGGGGAGAGAUGCCGUCCUCUUCAGAAGCGAGACGGUCCCGUCUCAUCGGUCCCUUCGCAAGGAGACCGAGACUCUUGUUCAGUUCCUGCAGCUUCCUGCUUUUCCUCCAAUUGGCCCGCAGACUCUGCUGCACCCGGCGCUGCUCACCCUGCGGUACCUGACCGACGCCAACCUGCCCGAUGAGCUCCACCCCUGGGUCUGCAGGCUGAUGGAACUCACUGGUAUGGCAGACGAAACGCUCCACACGUUUGACCCGCAUUCGCACCCUGCUCUGCCGCAGUAUGACUUGCAAGCAGCCGCCCUCAUCAUCAUCACCAUGAAGCUGUUCUUCGGCCUGGAUGACCACACAGAGUGGGAUCUGUCCAAUGAUGUUCAGCAGAGCAGCUCAGCAGGUGACAUGUUUAACCUGAGGAGAUGGUACAAGCUGAUGCAGGCUGCUCUGAUUCGAGCUCAGCAGAGGAGAAACCAGGACACCGCCAGGCGGCAGUGGAAGGCAAAGAAACCCAUUUUCCUGACCGGGAGAAACAAAUAUUUGGUGAUUAAAAAGAAAAGAAUCGCAGAGCAGGUCCACCUGUGUUUCGCGAAAUUGACUUCCUGUCCGGCAGGCAUCCAGGAAGUGGGACCAUCGAGCUUCAGUUUCUGUUGGGGGGACAAGGAGGGAUCAGACGGCCCCCAUCUGCACCACAUGAAGCUGGACGGGGUCCUGACCCUGAAAGACGACUUGCUGACUCCUUUGAAUGGCAGGUGCUGGCACCCAGCGCUCAGACACUGCCGCCGGUGCAGAGCCAGCCAUUAUUCAGAGGUGGAGGUGAUGCUGCCACGCUCCUUCGUCUGGCUGCUGCAGCUCUUCUCCUUCAUGCUCGACGUGAAGCCCUCCGACCUGUACGAGGAGGUGCUGAGUGUGGAGAGAAGGAUCUUUGGCACCAAACUGUGCUUAAGGAAGAGCAAGAGGACCAUGGCUGGGAGCAGAGCUUCACCCAGGACAGGGCAGAGAAGUGGAGAAUCUGGAGGAAAAAUCUUGAUGUAGCUGUGGGACAUUUUGGCUGUUGCUGCCUUAUUAGUGUUUUUAGGGCCCGAGCAAGAAACGUGCGAAGGCCCUAUUGUAAUUGCUUCGUUUUUUAUUAUUCUUUUCCGCAAUGAAUUGCCUUUUUGGGGGCUUUAUCAUAUUCAAAAACUAAUGAAAUUUGGCAUGCGCAUCAGGUGUGCGUGAAAUUUUAAGUAUUUUAAUGGUUUCCGGCAAGGGCCAUCCAAAAUGGCUGGAGCCCCACCGCUGUAUUAUACUUAUAUGUAUGAAACUUCAUACAAAUAUGUAUCAUAUCCGGACGCACAAAAAAAAUCCUCUUGGAGCCAUGCCCUAAACCCAACAGGAAGUCCGCCAUUUUGAAUUCAUUAUGCAAAUUUGGCAAUUUGCAAACCUCAGACUUUUUCUAAUAACUCAGAGGUUUUAGAUGUUAUCAAGGUCAUAUUUGGCUUGUUUAAUCUACACCCCCAGGGGAAUCUAAAUCUAAAAAAUGGUGAGUUUUUGCCAAGGGGGCGGGGUCAUUAUGCCCCCCUGAAUUUUGAUCAUUUGCCAUGAAAUUUUUUUUUUUUUUUUAAACUUAAUUUUUAUUUAUUUUUAGCCACAAAUAAUGACAUUGUUCCAUAGCUUCAUUCUUCUCUUGCAGUUGCAAACAUUCCACGUUAGAAAUUGGCGAGGGAAGGCAAGGUAACAAUAGAGUUGUCAAAGAUUAUGGCAAUGAACACAAUACAAUAAUAAAGGUAAAGUGACGAGAGAUAAAAAACAAAGCAGAGCAGGAAGAAACAAAACAACAGUAAAAGAUAAUUUUUUGAAUUCCUCUGGGGUAGGUUGGGUCAUGCAUUCUUGUUCUCAAUGGUAUUUUCCAAAAGUGUACAGUGCAUGCAAGGGGCAGGCCUCUGGGUAUAUUACUGUAUUAGUA